AUGGACAACCAACAAAGCCUUCCUUGGGAUCCUAACAGCACCAUAUUUCCUCUCAGAAAAGAGCUUCCCCAACUCCUUCAUGCACCGAAAGACGCUGCCUGGAUCUGGGGGCCCGAUGACAACCUCGGCCGUCUAAAUCUAUUGACUCCAGCCCGCGUGGCUAAGGCUGCUACCGAAAUUGUCACUGGCGAUAGUGCACGCGUUGACCUGCCCCUUAAUUUGCCUCUACAGCCAAGCUGGGGGCGCGAACGCUUUGAACACACCAUCAAAGUGGUCGAUGGUGGGGCUGGACAUGACGAUCUCUAUGCCCUGAACACCCAGUCCGGCACCCAGUGGGAUGGAUUUCGACAUGUCGCGCAUAUGCCGGCCAAAGUCUAUUACAAUAACACGACCGCUGAAGACAUUACCGGCCCGGCAUCUACCCCUGAUAAGUGUGGCAUCCACCACUGGGCGCGACGCGGUAUGGUCGGUCGAGGAAUCUUACUCGACUAUCGAACCUACGCAGAAGGUCAGGGUCAGGUCUAUGAUUCUGCUAGCGGGCAUGGCAUCACUUUAACAGAGUUGGCGGCAUGUGGGAGAUCCCAGGGGCUGGAUAUCCGCCCUGAGAGCCAGGGUGGUGAUAUCCACGUAGGAGAUUUCCUCUUCGUCCGCUCAGGUUGGGUCCAGGACUACUAUGCACGCUCGGAAGAGGAAAACACCGCCAUCGGUUUGCGUGAGAAUCCCGCCUGGGCCGGGGUGAUCCAAGGCGAGGACAUGCUGGACUGGCUGCACGAUUGCUAUUUUGCAGCUGUGGCGGGUGAUGCGCCAGCUUUUGAGCGAUGGCCCUCGCCGCCAGGGACACGAAAAAUGCAUGAGUAUCUGUUGCCGUUAUGGGGAGUUCCGAUUGGGGAGAUGUUAGACUUAGAGGGCGUUAGUUCUCUAGUAAAGAAACAUCGACGAUCGACUUUUUUCUUUAGCUCGGCCCCAGCCAACUGUCCAGGCGGAGUUGGAAGUCAUGUCAAUGGCACAGCAAUAUUCUAA